AUUUCUCCCACACCACUUUAUUACUUAAAUCUAAAAAAACAAAAAAAAAAACAUUUCAUUUGUUCACUUUGAGAAUACACAUGCAGACAAUGGAAGGAAGACAAUAUUACCAAAACCAUGAAGGAAGCAAUCAUAGCUCUUCCAUGGUAGUGCCACACUCGCCGUGGCACUCUCCGGUUCCUUAUCUCUUCGGUGGUUUGGCCGCCAUGCUGGCCCUCAUCGCCUUCUCUCUUCUCAUUCUCGCUUGUUCCUACUGGCGACUCACUGGCUCGGCUGAGAGAGAUCUCGAGGCCGGAGAUGAUGCCAAACCCGAAGGGAACACUCACAAGACCAAGACCACAGAGUUGCCAGAGAAGUUUCUCGUCAUCAUGGCAGGAGACGUCAAACCCACGUACCUGGCUACGCCGGCGAACCGGUCUGAGCAAAGCUGUACUUGUGGUGACCAUAAGGAAGAGGCUGGUAGUAAUCAGGUGUUGCGGCAGAGCACCGGAACUUGAAAACAGAGCAAUCAUUACGCGGACGUUAGAGGAGCGGAUGGGAUAAAACUGGUUUUAUUUCAUUAUUUUUGUCUGAUUAAAACGAUGUUUAUUCAUCAUUCGUGUGGUUUUACUUCUUUUUAAUCUUUGCUUUAUAGUACAUUUUAUGAGAACUUGAAUAGAUGAUUAGUAACUA